AUGCGAUUUUAUCACUGGCCAUCUCUCAUAGCUGCAUUUGUGCAAUUCACUGCAGCUGCCAACAUCACAAUUCUCGGGCUGGGGGACCUUCACCAAGACGUCGCAGAAUCCUUUUUGUUCUGCCUCAAUGCGACCGGCAUUUACUACCGGCUAUAUAUAGAUGCAGGGAUUACGAUCGUGCUUUCGCCUAAAAAUCGCGGCAUUGAUACAGAUGAAGACGAUGAGUUCCUAUUGCAGUGCAUGAUGAUGGCCUGUGAAACUAUGAGUAUUGCGGCGGAGGACAUGAACGAGGAUAAUGAAAACCAUAUGAAUAGUGUUUAUGCUUCCCUGGCCACGUACGACUGGCUCGUCGAGCAAGGCGCUCGGGGUUUGCGUGCGAUCGGUGCGAGGCCGGCCCUGACCCUGGAGGAUAUUGCUGUGCGCGAUGGGGGUGAAAAAUGA